GGCCUCGAUUGAAAGGCACGGAGGAACUUUUAUGAUACCCUGGCCAGCCAAAUUCAUCUGAUGCCUGCCAGCUCAUUUCCUUAACACCACGCCCGCACGAUACCUGCUUUCUGGCAGCGCUUCAUUGACGCACAAACUAUAGUGAUAUAGUGAGACGCUGGUUAGUUGGCUCGGCUGCCAUGAUAAAUGCUCCCUCACCUCCGAAUGAGUCUUGCAGCCAAGACUGUGGAGCUCAUCUCUUGCGAUAAUGCACUUUGGGGAAGAAUCAAUUUACUUAGCCGGGCUUCCUUGUACCAACACAAUCCUAUGAAGCUACUCAAGGAAUUAAUUAAUAUAAAAGAAAAAAGACCUGCAAGUGCCAAAAAAUGUAAUUCAGUUCUCUCAUAACCAUCAAGCAGAUUAAUGACUUCCUCUCUAAGCCUGAUUUGUUGAUGUCACAGUGAUAUAGUGUUACUGGCCUUGCCUAUAACGUCAUAUUUCCAUCCGCUGCAAAAUAGCCCCAGUAAAAUGGUCGACUACUGACGACACAAACAGUGACAGGUUAUUGAUUUAAUACGUAAGUGGCUGACUGGCUCCGCCCCCUGGCUGGGAAACGAUACAUAUAUCGAAGGGAUGGACCCAAGGAAGAGAAUCGUCGGCUUGAGGAGUUCACACAGCGAAGCAUCUGGGAACAUCUAUUGAGUGUCAUGGAUAGGGUUAGAGUUGUCAACUGCAUCUUGGGACUUCUGAGUUUGUUACUCCUGCAGGGUGUGAUAGAUGUGCAAGGAAGGAACUUAUUUAAUGCAGGUAACCAUGUUUUGAAUCCAAAAGAUGACAUAGAUAUCCAGAGUAAAAUUCUAUCACUGCUUCUGCACAAAAGUCUAGUUCCUCUUGAAAAGAAUGACGCUCCAGGGCUUGAAUUGGUGGCUAAAUUGGCUGAUUUAGAAGAGUUGGAGUCACUGAGGGACGAUCUGGAACUGGAGAAGGAAAUCGCAGCUAAUUUAGUUGACAAACCAAUAACAAGGAAGAGGGGUGAACCUUGUUUCUGGAAGUACUGUGUGUGACAUGGGACUCCACGGAAAUAAGGAUCGAUGUGAAAUCUUGCUGCAACGCCCAGCAUAGCCUUAAGAACCCACAAUAUGACUUAUGUGAAUACUUUUUAUUUCAACAUCAUGAUUAAUCAGCGUCCUCAAGAAAUCAUCAUUUCGAGGUGCUCCAAUCAAGCGACCGCCGGUUUAAGACCAGUUAUUUGCCUCCCGCUUUAGUGUGUCUUCAUGUUGCUCUCUUGUGGCAAAAUGGAGCAUAACAUUUUUUGUACAUUGCCAGAAAGCAUUGUAAUAGAAAUAGAUUGUUCCUUUUAAAAAAAAAAAUAAAAUGUCAAUGUAAAGAUGUGUUUUGUAUGAUUUAAGAGAUCUUUGGUGACACAGAAAGGAUAUAAUAUAUUUUAAUGAGAAUCUUCGGACUUGAACUAUGAAAGAGGGUCAAGCUUUUUGGAAACACUGGAGCUGUGUGUUCGAGUAAAGGGGAUCCGACAUGUAGUGUAGCCUCCACAGUGACAGGUGAAUUCAUGUGCAGUGAGGUUUUAGAGAAGAGCGUGACAUAGCUGAGUCACUGGGCUUUGCCGGAAUAAUGGGAGAGCUGCUGUGAAAAGACCUCAAUCCCACGUGAACAGUGGCGGGCUCGGCAGAAGCAGACUGAAAACAUAGCUGUCCCCUUA